GUGGAGGGCUGUCUGUUCCGGAUUUCCAGGGAGCCAUUAGAGGCUGAGUCCACUGUCUUCAGGGACAUGUUUCUACUCCCGCAAGGUGAAUCUGGGACAGUCGAGGGGCAGAAUGAUACCUGUCCCGUGGUCCUGCGAGGCGUUUCCAAGAAGGAAUUUGAAAGUUUACUACGUGCCCUCAUACAACAUGGAACAAACAGGGGCUUAGAUUUGGACUACGACCAACGGGUCUCAGUCCUCAAGUUAUCGACGAUGUGGGAGUUCACUGGGCUGCGUAAUGCUGCAAUCAGAUACUUGGAUCAUCCUCUACGACCUCUUGACCCCAUAAGCAAGGCGGAGCUGGCUUUACAAUACAACAUUGAAAAGUGGUUACUCCCUGCUCUGCUAGUACUCGCACGAAGAUCCGCUCCAAUCAGCAUAGAAGAAGGGCGUCGUAUUGGGUUCGAAGACGCACUGAAGUUGGCUUCAGUAGAGGAUUCGCUGUUCCGGAUUUCCAGGGAGCCGUUAGAGGCCGAGUCCACUGUCUUCAGGGACAUGUUUCUACUCCCCCGAGGUGAAUCCGAGACAGUUGAAGGUCAGAGUGAUACGUGCCACGUGAUUCUGCAAGGCAUUUCUAAGAAGGAAUUUGAGAGUUUGUUGCGAGCCCUCAUGCACAGAAAACAUGGGACAAAUAGAGGUUUGGACUUGGACUGCGACCAAUGGAUCUCGGUCCUCAAGUUGUCUGCGAUGUGGGAGUUCGUCGGGUUGCGUAAUGCUGCCAUUCAACAUUUAGAUAUUCCUUCCGAGCUGGUCGACCCCAUAGACAAAGUGGUGCUCGCUUUGCAGUACAACAUCAGAGAGUGGCUACUCCCCGCUUUUCUGGCGCUAGCCAAAAGACCCACACCGAUCAGUAUAGAAGAAGGGCGUCGUAUCGGUUUCGAAAACGCGCUGAAGUUGGCUUCAGUGCGAGAGAAACUUCGGCUAGUAAUGGUCGUGGAAGAAUUCACAUUCACCUACAAGAGUUGUACUCGGACGCAGCAAUACAACACUCGACGCCUUGUCCUCGGCGAUAGGGACAAAGAAGCUGAAAACCUCGACUACACCCCGUUCAUACGCGAAGUUUUUGGUCUAUAG